AUGAUAAGAAAAGUAUUUUUCCCGUAGAAAUUGAUAAUACUUUGACCGUUGAUGAUCUGAAAUACAAGAUUAAAAGUGCUCGGAAAGACUUACUUCAUAAAAACUUCGAACUAUACAGAAAGGAUUUUAAUCAAGAAAAUUAUGUUUUUGUAGAUAUUGUGAAUAAAGAUGCUGUCAAAGAAAGGCGAGGGAGAUUAAUGGAGCCCUCCCAAAAGAUUUUUUAUUAUUUUUCCGUGGAAGAUGUAAAACGGUAUGAAGAAAACCCUCCUUAUUUUGAAUUUGAUGGUGAAAUAGGCGAAAACCCUUAUGAAAAUGCUUUCAACGUAAAAGUUAAUAAAACAGAGGCGGUUA